UUCUCAUCCCGCAUCGUGAGUCAAGCGUGCUCGGCUGCGACAUGACCAGAGCCUCGCAAACCUGGUCAUUCAAAUAUGGAGCUGUUUAAAGCGUUCCUUUCAGUACUUUGGAUAUUAUUUCUCAACAGAAAUGAAGAGUCCAGUGCAGAGGAAGUUGUCUUGCUGAAUUCUAAGGAGUCCCAGGCAGAGCUGGGUUGGACAUCAUAUCCUUCUAAUGGGUGGGAGGAAAUCAGUGGUGUGGAUGAGAAAUACAAGCCCAUUCGCACAUACCAGGUAUGCAACGUGAUGGAGCCCAGCCAGAACAACUGGCUCCAGACAGGCUGGAUAUGGAGUCAGGGAGGCCAGCGCAUCUUCAUCGAGUUGCAGUUUACCCUGCGCGACUGCAACAGCAUCCCCGGCGUGUCUGGCAGUUGCAAAGAGACCUUCAACCUCCUCUAUGCCGAGUCAGACUGGGACCUGGGCCGCGUCGUCCGUGAGGACCGCUACAGCAAGAUUGACACGAUUGCAGCGGAUGAAAGUUUUACUCAGGGCGAUUUAGGCGAACGCAAAAUGAAGCUUAACACUGAAGUCCGUGAGAUAGGACAUCUCAAUCGCAAAGGAUUCCAUCUGGCCUUUCAGGAUGUUGGUGCAUGUGUUGCGCUAGUUUCCGUAAGAGUGUACUACAAGCGAUGCUUGUCAACGGUGCAGAAUUUAGCCGUGUUUCCGGAUACAGUAGCUGAAGCGGCAUUCUCUACGCUGGUGGAGGUGAGAGGGUCGUGCGUGAAUAACUCCGAGGUGGACACAGACAGUCCUCCCAGAAUGCAUUGCAGUGCGGAAGGGGAGUGGCUGGUCCCCAUCGGAAAAUGCAGCUGCAGCGCUGGAUUUGAGGAGGGACACAGCAGCUGUGAGGCCUGUCCCUCGGGCACCUAUAAGAUGUCAUCACGCCAACAAGAGUGUUUCCCUUGUCCGGCUAACAGCAAGGCUGAGGAGGAGGGCUCUGUACUCUGUGUGUGUGAGGAAGACCACUUCAGGACGCCACUGGAUGCCCCAUCUGCACCCUGCACACGCCCCCCUUCUCCACCCCGUGAUCUGGUUUACACCCUCAAACAGUCCACACUUAUUCUGGAAUGGGCUGUGCCAAACGACUCUGGAGGCAGAGUGGAUCUUACCUAUUGCAUAGGCUGUAGACGAUGCAUCAGACCACCACGGUCUCCGCAAGUGCUGUGUGAGCCCUGUGGGGCCAGUGUCGGCUUCAUACCCCAACAGAGUGGCCUUAUCGAGCGCACUGUUACCGUGGUAAACCUGCUUCCCAACUCCAACUAUUCCUUCAGCGUGGAAGCCCGCAAUGGUGUCUCGGAGUUACUGCCCUAUAAAAGGUUCUACACCCAAGUCAACAUCUCCACCAGCCUUCCAGCACCUUCUCAAGUCAGCGAGCUGCGAGCAGAGAAGGUUGAGCAGCGGCGGGUGUCUCUGGUUUGGAGAGAACCUGUCAUGUAUCCCAACAGCAGCCGCACUGAAUACGAGAUCAAAUACUAUGAAAAGGACCAGAAAGACCAGAGCUAUUCCACAGUGAAGACUGCCGCCACCAAAAUAAGCGUCAACAACUUGAAACCGGGCACCACCUACAUCUUUCUCAUUCGCACCUGCUCAAGCCCAGCCCUUUCUUCCUUGUCCUCAUCUCUUUCUUCCUCUUCCUCCUCCUCAUCCCCGCUUUCCCCAUCUACCUCUUCCUCCUCAAGCCCUGUGGCAGCUGUAUCGCCUUCACCGCUCGACUACGGGGCGUACAGCACACCGCUGGAGCUGCAGACUCUGGGCGAGUUGGCUCUGGCCUCUAGUGAGCAGAGUCCUGUUGUGAUCAUCGUGGUGGUCUCUGUAGCUGCACUCAUCAUGUUACUGACACUCGGCAUUGGACUGCUAAUAUGGAGAAGUGGCUUCUCCAGACCCUUCAAUGUAGCUCCUACUCGCGUGGUGCUGCUCUCUACCUCCUUCUCUACUCUUCCUCCUCUUCCUCCCUCCACGCAGCUGUCUCCCAGACAAUGUGGCUACAGUAAAGCCAGCCAAGAGGGAGAUGAGGAGCUGUACUUCCAGUUUAAAAUCCCAACCAGACGGACAUAUAUUGACCCAGAAACGUGUGAAGAUCUGCUUCAGGCUGUUCAUGCCUUUGCCAAAGAGCUGGACAUCUCUAGCAUCAAGAUUGAGAGGAUCGUCCAUACAGGAGACUUUGGGGAGGUGUGUCGAGGUUGCUUGAAGCUGCCCAGCAAACGCGAGUUGCCCGUGGCCAUUAAGACCCUUCGGGUAGGCUGCUCGGAGAAACAAAGACGCUCAUUCCUCAGCGAAGCUGGAAUUCUAGGACAGUUCGAUCAUGCCAACAUUGUGCGUCUGGAGGGAGUCAUCACCAGAGGCAACACUAUGAUGAUUGUGGUGGAGAGCAUGGCCAACGGGUCUCUUGACUCUUUCCUGCGGAAACACGAGGGUCAGCUGACUGUUCUUCAGCUGGCAGAUCUGUUGAGCGGAGUGGCGUCUGGGAUGAAGUAUCUGACAGAGAUGGGCUUCAUCCAUCGCAGACUGGCCGCUCACAAAGUCCUGGUCAAUAGCAGCCUGGUCUGCAAGGUGUCAGGCUUCAGACCGCUCCAGGACGACAAGAUUGAGGCGGUCUACAGCACACUGCAUGGAGGGAAAAGUUUGGUGCUCUGGACGGCCCCAGAGGCCAUUCAGUACCAUCGCUAUAGCUCAGCCUCUGAUGUAUGGAGCUUUGGUAUCGUCAUGUGGGAAGUUAUGUCCUUUGGGGAGAGACCUUACUGGGACAUGGGCAACCAAGACAUAAUUAAAGCGAUAGAGGAUGGGUUCCGGUUACCUGCUCCUGUAAACUGCCCGCCGUCUCUCCACCAGCUCAUGUUGGAUUGCUGGCAGAAAGAGAGAACGGAGAGACCCACCUUUACCCAGAUCCAUAGCGCUCUCAGCAAGUCCAUCAGGAGCCCAGACAACAUUGGUUCCUCCACACUGGGACGCAGGACUCUGGGCUCAUCUGUAUCACUAGCAGAACGAACUCUUCCCUCCUUCCCUUCAUUUAGUUCAGUUGGCGAGUGGUUAGAGGCUGUAGACAUGGGACGCUACAAAGACAACUUCACUGCUGCAGGAUACUGUUACCUGGAGUCAGUGGCUCGCAUGACUGUUCAGGAUGUGUUGAGCCUCGGCAUCACUUCUCUGGAGCACCAGAAACAGAUCCUGUCUGCAAUACAGACUCUUAGAGCACAGGUUAUCCAGAUGCAUGGUCGCGGAGUGCAGGUUUGAUACGCACAAACUCUUAACCACUUACUCCAGACCAGCAGCCGUGCCCUGGCUAACAAAGGGACAGACACAUGGACGUCUGUUGUCAUAAUUACCCAGCAGCCCAUUUAACAAUCUGGAGGUUCUCAUUUAGUCACUGCAAUGGCAGUUUUCUUCCUAAUCUUCCCCAUUUCCUCCUCUUAAUCUUCUCUUUGGUGGAAUAAUUAUUUAAUUCCACAAAUCAAGUUCCUUUUUCUGAGGGACAACAUCACGGGAAAAACAAGAUUGCUCCUCUAAAAUAGCCUGUACUGAUUUUGUCUGCUUUUACUUCUGCUAUCCAACAAUGACAUUUACACAUUUGACUGAUCCCAGUGCAGCCAAAGGGGGUGUAUGUCAGUUUCCUUAAACCAGACAAAAGAACUAAUGCGUUGUAGCCACUGAUUCUCCUGUAAAGUGGACUAAACCGAGAGCAUGCCAAGUCAUGGACCUUUUGCUCCUCAUUCCAGGAGAAGAUCUUGCCGUAUCUUCAGGAAAUAAGUUAACUACUGAUAUCUUAACUGAAGAAAUCUUAAUAAUAUGUCAAUCCCAGCUUUUUCAGUGUAUUCCUUCCUUUGACUACUAUGUCUGAUUUUUCAUGUUUACAUUUUUCUCCACACAAAUAGUUUAAACUCUCGUGUUUUGAACCAAAUUUCAGUUUAAUUUUGUGUUGUCUGACAUCUGUAUUCUAUAAUGUUUUUCCUUGUUUUUUGUCCUCACUGGACAAUGUUUGCACUGCAGCUUCCAUGACUUACUUAAACUUGUCCCAUAUUUAUAAGAGGAUUUAUUUAUGUUUACAGAUACUUACUUAAUUUUCGAAUAUGAAUGCAGAAAUAAUAUGCUUAAAGGGAUCUUCCACCUAAAAAUUAAAAUUCUGUAAUCAUUUACAGAACCCAUAUGACUUUCUACCUGGGAACACAAUAAGAGAUUUAAGGCACUAUGUUGGCCUCGGUCACUAAUCACUGUCAUUGCAUCUUUUUUUUCCAAACAAUGGAAGUGAAUGGUGACUGAGUCUAACAUACUGCCUAACAUUUUUAGGUUGAGUAAAUUAUGACAGAAUUUUCAUAUUUGUGUGAACUAUCCCUUUAAAAAUGGCUAGGGAAACAUAGCACUGAAUCUAGACAUAUUGCCAUCAUGUCAUCGAAAUGCUCCUAAACUUUGUGAAUUCUAUUGUUUUUUCCUGCACUUUGAAAGGUUGUCUGUGAGUGAGCGGAUAUGACCGGGAUGUACAAACACACACAUACACACAUUUACAGACUUGCAUUACCCACUGCAAUGGCAGUUGUCCGAUAAUCUCGGACAUGUGUAUUACUUGAUGUUGGUGUUUUGUACAACGGAAGUGGUUGUUCUUUAAAAAGAAUGUUCUGAAUGUGCUAGUGUUGUUUAAUUUAGACUAUUGCAUUUUGCUGUGUGAUGCAAGUGUGUGAACAAGACUUGGUUGGAAACUGAAAAUCUGUGUUAAACUAGUACUGAGUAAAACCCUUUAUUCAGAACAUUCACAUUAUGAUUGUAGAAUCAGAUCAGUGAAAAUAACGUCCAUUGCACAAGUUCAUAACAUAUUUGUCAAUCUUUUCUGUUACAAACUCAAAUGUACAAAACCAAUGGCAGGAUUUUUGUGUUUACCAUGUUUGUUUGUUCUUGGUUUUUAGAAUAUUAAUUAUUGAAAAGUUUAGGAACCUAGCUUAGGUUCGUAAACACACAGAUACAGAGAGAGUUCACACACAUAUUCAUCAUUUCUGCAGCCAUAUCAUAUCAGAAAAUGGCGCAUCCCAAAUUAAUAAUCACUUAAAUUUGAAACGACAAAGACAUACUGCACUGCACAAUUUAGCAGCCCUUUACUGUUUUCAUAACUGAAUAAGAAUCGAUUCCCCCUUUGCAUUGAGUGUAUCAUUCUGAUCUGUUUGAUACUGUAAAUAUGUAUUUGAAAAUGCAAUCUAUUUUUAUAAUUUGUUUGAAUAAUAAUGUGUUGAAUGAGAUCCUCUCACUGUGUUAAAAUUAGUUAUCGUUUGAAUUAGAUGAGUAGCAAACAAACUGAGUUGUUUGAAAUAAUCAAAGUCUUCUUUUGUUUUAGAAUUUUCGAUGAUUUUUACCUGGUAGAAAAACAGAUGGCUGUUGCAAUAUUGAAAAAUGUUAUUAAAAAAAUACA